GAAAGCUCCAAAGUUUCGCUAGCAAGGUUUUGAUUCGUAAGGUGAUCGGACGACACUAACUCUCCCUAGCAAUGAAGACUUGCUACAGUUUACUUGCUCUGGCCCUGAUCGGCCUGGCAGUGGCUUAUCCUGCGGAACAGCAGGAACAAUCACCACAGCAGCAGGACCCACCUAACCCACAGCCAACCGUGGUGGACGAGGAACAGUUGGUGCCGGUAGAGGAAGGUGUCGCGACAGUUCCGGAAGCGCCAGAAACGGAAGGUCAACGAACGAAGCGUCAUCUUGGAUUCGGUGGCGUUGGUAUUGGCGUUGGAAUCGUCGGCGGUGGCUUCGGCGGCUUUGGUGGGUAUCCCGGUGGAUACGGAUACGGGGGCGGUUUCUAUCCCGGUGGAUAUGGUUACGGGGGUGGUUUCUAUCCCGGUUUCGGAUACGGUGGCUAUCGGCGCUACGGAUACCGGUAUGGUGGAUACGGAUACGGCGGUGGCUUCGGAAGUCCCUACUACUUCUAA